CAGCGCAUGUGAAAAGGAAAAAAGAGCAACGAUUCAAACGAUUUUAUAAUGCAACAAAAAGGAACUCCUCACUCUGUUUCUGAUACUUACCCAACGGCCGAAAGCAGUUAGUUCAAUGUGAGGUUUCUGUGCCAAAAUGGCUUUGGCUCCUGCAAAAUCCCUACCAAUUCUUCUUCCUUCUACUCCUCCUUCCCAUUCCACCACCAGAUUUCUGAAACAUGUUUUCCCUUAUGGUUUUUCCAAUCCAAGAAUUUCAAUUUCUCUUUCUAGGGUUUUCGACAGUGGUGAUUUCACGCUUACCCGAUCCAUUUUGCACGCUGCCGUCACUCGCAUUGUCGACAAUGUCCCCGCUCCGACUCUCACCACCACUACCUUCACCGUGGAAAUCCCGGUCACUUGUUACCAGCUUGUCGGGGUUCCUGAUCAAGCAGAGAAAGAUGAGAUCGUUAAGUCAGUGAUGCAAUUGAAAAGCGCUGAUGUAGAAGAAGGUUAUACCAUGGAAGCUGUUAUAGCUCGUCAGGAUCUUCUAAUGGAUGUAAGGGACAAGCUACUUUUUGAACCUGAAUAUGCUGGGAAUGUGAGGGAGAAGAUCCCACCUAAAGCUUCUCUUCGAAUUCCAUGGGCUUGGUUGUCUGGUGCUCUCUGUCUGCUUCUAGAGGCUGGAGAAGACAAAUUAGUGUUGGAUAUUGGCCGAUCAGCUCUCCACCAUCCUGAUGCUAAGCCAUAUAUCCAUGAUUUGCUUCUAUCUAUGGCAUUAGCAGAGUGUGCGAUUGCUAAGAUUGGUUUUGAGAAGAAUAAAGUGUCCCAUGGAUUUGAAGCUCUUGCUCGGGCUCAAUGCCUCCUUAGGAGCAAAAUCUCUCUUGAGAAGAUGGCGUUGUUAUAUGAGAUAGAAGAAUCUCUUGAGGAGCUUGCGCCUGCUUGCACAUUGGAAUUAUUAGGCUUGCCGCACUCUCCUGAAAAUGCUGAACGGAGACGAGGAGCAAUAGCAGCGCUGCGUGAGUUGCUCAGGCAGGGCCUUGAUGUGGAAACCUCAUGCAGAGUUCAAGACUGGCCAGCUUUUCUGAGCCAAGCACUUAAUAGGCUCAUGGCUGUAGAAAUAGUUGAUCUUAUUCCCUGGGAUGAUUUAGCCCUUGUACGGAAGAAUAAGAAAUCACUUGAAUCACAGAACCAAAGGGUUGUGAUCGACUUCAACUGCUUCUACUUAUCACUAAUAGCUCAUAUUGCUGUUGGUUUUUCAAGCAGGCGAACAGAAUUGAUCAACAAAGCAAAGAUUUUGUGCGAGUGUUUGAUGACCUCUGAAGGUAUUGAUCUAAAAUUUGAGGAAGCGCUGUGCCUGUUUCUUCUUGGCCAGGGUAAUGAGUCCCAAGCUGUUGAAAAGCUUCAUCAGCUAGAAUUAAACUCAAAUCCUGCUUCACGGAGUCUACUUCCAGGAAAGGAGAUUACAGAUGUCUCUGGUGUAAAGCCAUCAUUGGAAACAUGGUUGAAGGAUGCUGUGCUUUCUAUCUUUCCAGAUACUAGAGAUUGCUCUCCGUCUUUGGUGAAGUUUUUUGGUGAUGAAAAAAGAACUCUUGCAAGCAAAAAAAAGAAAGUAUAUCCGCAAAUGACACCUGCUCUAGACCACAAACCAUUGUCUGCUAUUGCAUUGAAACAAAUGGAGCGCAGGGAAUCUCUUCCAAAUAUGAAUUCUACUCAACAGCUCAGUUCCACUGUUAAGCAGUUGGCUCCAACUGAUCUGCAAAGCUCAUUGAUAUUGGAGAAGAAUGUUAGUGGAGGCAAUGUUAGUGAAGCAUCAGUUCAAUUGAAAAGGAAUCUUGGUGUGCAAAAUGCUAGAGGUUGGGAAAGAUGGUUAACCUAUAGUGAUGUUGUUGGAAAGAUUACUUUCGUUGGAGUACUGAGCUUCAUUGUGUUUUUUGUCUUCAAGUUGUCUGGCAUGAAUUUGAAAAGGAUGAGGAUUGCAUCUAAUUUGCCCUUCAGUAAACCUAGUAUGAAUAGUAGAUUCCUUGAUUGCACAACAGAUCUCUCUUUUGAGUGCAAUGUAGAGCCUGCUUGUAUUUCCGGAAGAAGCAUUACUGGAAGGAUGAAAAAACUGUUGGCAACGAUUAGGAAGCAGUUCCAGAAACAAUCAAAUCAUAGAAAAUUGCACAGCUCAGGGCUUGUUGCCAAUCAGUCAUCUCGUAUGACAACAGUAUCUAGGAAGGAGAUGCCUAUUGAAGAAGCUGAAGCACUUGUUCUGCAAUGGCAAGCAAUUAAAGCUGAAGCUUUGGGGCCUAAUCACCAAGUACAUAGCCUCUCUGAAGUCCUUGAUGAGUCAAUGCUAGCUCAGUGGCAAGUUUUGGCUAAUGCAGCAAAAUCCAAGUCCUGUUAUUGGAGAUUUGUUUUGCUGCAAUUAUCAGUGCUGCAAGCAGACAUUCUAUUAGAUGAAUAUGGUGUGGAAAUGGCAGAAAUUGAAGCCCUUCUUGAGGAAGCAGCUCAGCUUGUUGAUGAAUCUCAGCAAAAGAAUCCAAACUAUCAUAGCACCUACAAAACUCAUUAUGUUCUUAGAAGGCAAGACGAUGGUUCAUGGAAGUUCUGCGAAGGGGAUAUUCGGACACAAUCAUGACAUCCUGUUUGUUUGCGGAAAGCACGAGCUUGCAACGAUUACUAAUUUCCGGUUAACUUGUUUUCUUCAUCUUCAAAUUUUAAAUAUUGUAAAUCAAUUGGGUGACUCUGAUUGUUUAUAUUUAGUGUGAAUAUGGAAUGGCUGAAGGAAUUCGUUUUCUGCUAGGGAUUGUUGUUUUAAUUGAUGCUUACCUAGGAAAUUAAAUUAUCUUUGGUCUGUUUUUGCAUCAAA